CUCCUCCUACCAACCUCGUCCUAUUGUGUGGCUGUAUUCUAGGUCGGCCCGUCGUCCCAACUCUGCCCCAGAACAAUGAGGCCUUCAUCCGUUAAAUAGUAUUACCCCGCAAUCCUCGCACCCAUGGUAGCUCCUGAAGCUCGGCAAAAGGCAAAAGAUGCGAGAUGACCGUCUGCAAGUUUUACCAACAAGGUAAUUGCAGGUUUGGCAACAACUGCAGAAACGAGCAUCCCGGCGCAAACGGCUCGGCCAGCGCAAACCCCUUCAGCGUCCUCUCCGGUGGUUCAAACAACAAUCGCGGAGGAUUUGGGCGACAGCAGACAGCACAGCCCAGCCAAUUCUCGUUGAGUAAGGAAACAAUACAAAAGGAUCUCGCAGAGGAGAGGCCAUCAUGGAUUCUGUCAGCAUACGGUCCUGGCCGCGAUGCCCCCGAGCAGCUGUGGGGCGGCUACCCCAUAGAACAAAGCUUCGAGGAGAUGAGGCUGCAUUACAUGAUGGGAGAGGCUUCUGGAAAUGCACAGGGCGCGCUGAACGAGAUACAAGGCCUCUGGGGUCAGGCGCAGUCCAAGAUACAGAGUGCGCUGGGAAACCUUGACGGAGCUAUCGACUUCAUCGUACAGUCCCAGAACAACCAUCCCAACCGCCACGACGUCUGUCAGACAAACUCGAUCCCUAGCACUGGCGAAUUUGCUGUCGGCAAGCGACCCGUUGGUAUCCAGCAGAGUCAACCUGCCAAUGCCUUCUCCUCCCCGUCAACAGCCGGAGCCUUCGGCCAGCCUUCGGCUCUUGGACAGGCUCCGAACCCCUUCAGCGCCGCCGCUGGUGGUGCCAACAGCUCCCCAUUCGGCCAGCCUGCUGCGCCAGCUCCGUCGUCAGGAUUCGGCCAGCCCUCGGCUCUGGGCAGCGGGGCCGGCGCGUUCGGUCGGCCGUCCGCUCUCGGCGGGGGAAGCGCCUUUGGUCAGCCUUCGGCCUUGGGUGGAGGCAGCACGUUCGGCGCGCCUUCAAGUCUUGGACAUAAACCAGCAAGCGGCUUCGGCCAACCCUCGGCACUGGGCCAGGCAGCGAACCCCUUCGGCACCCCUAGUUUCGGCCAACCUGCGCAGCCUCAACCUGCGGCCCCCAGCGGUUUUGGUCAGCCUUCACAGCUAGGCGCGAAGCCAAACCCCUUCGGCGGCGGCGGCGGCGUCUCUUCCAGCCCCUUCGGAGCGCUGGGCGGAGCAAGCGCCAACCCGAGUCCCUUCGCGGCUGCGUCAGGUAAUCCCUUCGGGCAGCCGGCGCCCCAAACAACCGCGCCAGAGGUGUCUAUGGAGCCAUCUGGUCCUUCGACAGCACCAAAUCCUUUCGCCCAGGCAGCUCAGCCAACCGCGGCACCCGCAAACCCAUUCGGCCAGCCGCAGCCUGCAGCAGCAAAUCCCUUCGCGCAGCCCGCCACCGCCCAGGUAAGCAAUGGCUUCGCAGCAGGACCCCAGAAGCCUGCGCCAGGGGCUCCUGGUGGGCCCAACAACCCCUACGGCCCCAACGCAACCAGGCAGCACCCGCCCUACGACAGCUACGCCAGGAAGGCAGGGACGGGAUACCUCGUGUCGUUCAAGGGCAAGCAGAUCACCUACAAGGAUGUGACCGAGAAGGGCGAGGCGCCCAAGCCGACGCCAGGCAUCCAGAACUUUGACGGCAGCUGGACCAAGAUUUGGUUCCCGGAUGGCCCUCCGCCGUACUACAAGGACACAGAGCCUGGUCGGGAGUACACUGACGCGGAGAAGGCGGCUUAUGAGCAAUUUGUGUCCACGGGCCGGUUCACUUUUGCGGGUGCUGGUGGAAGUGGGAUGCCCGAGGCCCCGCCGAUGAGGGAAUACUGCACGUGGGACCUAUGAGGUGAGGGGGAAGUAGGGCCAACAACAUGGGACUAUGGUAUGGUGGAUGCCACCGUCGACAGAGAGUCCCGAACAACAAAACAAGAGGAGUCUCAGCUUGAUGCGACAUAUGGCUGGUCGUCCGUUGUGGGGGCGUUAAACCAAGGGCGUUGGAAAACCCUCAGAUGCAUGCAUAAAAGGCACUGUGCUGGCAGCCGGCGUUUUGAAAAGAUGGAGCGACAAUCUCUCUCUGUGUGUGUUUGUGUGUGUGUGUGUUUUCACAUAUACGAGGCUGGUGGCGAAACAAAAGGAUAUUUGCAUGCAUCGAGGCCAAGACGUGGUGGUUUUGACGAGACCACUGUUCGUUUAGGUCUGGGGGAGGCGUUUUUAGAAAUGGCUGGCUUCUGUCGCCAUAACAUAGCAAUACGUACGUAAUUGAUCAAGACUACGGAUACCGUCGGGCUUCUCGUGGGACCAUCUAGUAUGACCUCUUCUGUGCCAUUUCUGCUUGAAGCCCGCAAAUGGCCAGCUCUGACCUGUGGCUUUCCCCGUGCAAGCCUCCGUGAAGGGCCAUUGGAGUGGCAGUAGGUUCGUCCCGGGUACUGCGCAUCUGCAUGUCUGUUGUCUUCUAGGCAGAUAAUAAUACUACAAGGCGUCCCUCGUCUUGACACAGGCAGUCACAGGCAGUCACGACUGCACAUGUUUUAUCACACACACACACACACAAACAACACAAGCAUCGGCGCACAAUAAUCUGAGGAACUGUCUGUUUUUGGU